AUGCUCAGAGAACUAGCUGUGUAUUGCACAUGUACACAAAUCGAGAAAUUGGCCCGCCACCUGAGCAGUCAAAUCGGGCAGGUGGCUGGGGAAAUCGUCACACACCUGUGUACUAAGUACAUGUACACGCAAAUAUCUAAAGCCGACUUGGAACGGGGAAAGUGGCCAACCACCUGUGCAGUCAUAUCGGGCAGGCAGGUGGCUGGUGAAAUCAUUGUCGGACACCUGCGUACUAUGUGCAGGUACACACAAAUAUCGAAAGCCAAAUGCAAACGGGGAAAGUGGCCAACAACCUGUGCAAUUAUAUCGGGCAGGUGCCUGGGGAAAUCAUUGUCAGACACCAGUGUACUAAGUGUGGAUACACGCAAAUAUCUAAAGGUAGCUGGGAACGGGGAAAUUGGCCCGCCACCUGCAAAGUCAAAUCGGGUAGGUGGCUGGGAAAAUCAUUGUCGGACACCUGUGUACCAAGUAUAG